AUGGAGGGAGGGACAAAUGGAGCUGGAGGGAGAGGGGACAGAAUAGGUGAGGGAAAAGAGAGGGACAGAAAUUGUAAGGGAGAGACUGAGUACACAUGGAGACUGAGGAGCAAGGGAUGGGUGAGAGAGUUUGGUGUGAAGGGGAAGGGGCAUGAGUUUAGAGAGAGGCAGAAAUGAAUAUGGUUCUGUAGAGCAGACCAUCAAGAACAGUUGAAAUGUGACUAACCACCAGCGAGAAACAGAUCACACUGAAGUCUGAUGCAGGACACAUAUCUCAGUCGAACAGUAGUUAACAAGAAUAUAAUGGAGACAGAUGGUCAGGUGAAAAGAGAGACAGGAAUCCAUAACCUUAGCAGCAUAUCAUCAGAGUCACAUACACUCAAUCUCUACAGUGCUGCUAGGCUCUGAACUGUAACGGUCAGAAUGACUGCCAGAAAGCCAAGGGGGUCACUAGUAAAUCAAACAAGGAGAAGGUUGCUCUGGGAGAGGUGAAACUAGUUAUUGCAGGAAGUAGUUGAGGGGAAUAGCAAAGGUGCUUUAAAGAGGAAGUUUGAAUAACAUAAUAGAGAAAGGAACACACAAGGAAAUGUCAUUAGGGUGGAAUGCAUAAACACCCAUAUAUAUUUGGGCUGAAUGGCCUGUUUCUGUACUGUUUCAAUUAAAUGUGGCUGACACUCAUGAUAGGAACUGCCCAUAUCCCUCCGGUUCAAGGUCCAUCCCAGUAACAUCAGACAUCAAAAGAUGGUGUGGCAGUGCAGGAUUUCCUUAUUACUCCACUGGAGUCUCAACCCUUUAUUUUGGGGGCAUUUCAACUCUGAGGUGGGACUUGAACUCUCCACUUUCUGAGUACUACCCACUGAGCCUUGCUGACACCUUUUAUAGUUUGUAAUUGCUGAUGUAAAAAAAUCAGAGCUGACAAUGAUGGUGCAGGCUCCCUUUCACCCAGUGUCUUGAGGAUUGGUUCCUUGUCAAGGCUGGAUAGAAUGUCCCCUCCCCUUCAUUUGGUUUAUCUUCUAACCAGACUUGGACAGCGUGUUCUCUUCAACUGUUGGCUGUUCCACCUGGCUAAAACCCGAUGAUCUCUGCUCCGCCUAUCUUUGAGACGUUGUGUUUGCACAGACAUUCUGGUGGGUCAUUAAUGAAAGGAAUGACCAGAGAGAGGUGGCAAUCAAACUGACCAGGACACACACUGUUGAGGGAGAGGAGUCUGGCUGUGCCACUUUCACUGAGCCUUGCAUUAGAUCAGUUGCCUGUGCACACUAAUGACCUCUUGGCGUCAUAAUGAGAAUGACACGGACCUUGCUGUGAUGCUCUAAGUUGCCCUCAUUCCCCCGUCUGUCUGAACUGAGUGGUGAUUCUGUCCCUGGGGAGGCUGUGACAACGUGGAGGGUUUGUACAAGGAACAAGGCAUUGUGCUGCAAACCUCCCCACCCCGCCCCCAGUGAGAAUGGCCACUUCAACUGUAAUGCGCUUUACUGUGGCUGACUAUGUCAUCUUUGCUCUCCUCCUGAUCUUCUCCUCGGUCAUUGGCCUCUUUUAUGCACUGAGUGGUGGUCGGCAGCGGACGACGCAGGAGUUCCUGUUGGCGGGACGUAGCAUGACCUUCUUGCCAGUUGCACUCUCCCUCCUUGCCUCCUUCCAGUCAGCCGUUGCCAUCCUGGGUGUGCCAGCUGAGAUCUACACAUUCGGCACUGAAUACUGGUUCCUGGGCUGCUCCUACUUCCUUGGGCUUCUCAUUCCCGCUCACAUCUUUGUCCCCAUGUUCUACCGGCUGAAGAUCACCAGUACCUAUGAGUACCUUGAACUGCGGUUUAACAAGGCAACGCGAUUGUGUGGGACACUGACCUUCAUUUUCCAGAUGGUGAUUUACAUGGGUCUUGUGCUGUAUACACCUGCGCUGGCACUGAAUGCAGUGACUGGCUUCGAUUUGUGGGGCGCAGUGUUAACCAUGGGGUUAGUUUGCACACUGUAUACAGCACUGGGUGGACUGAAGGCUGUAAUCUGGACAGAUGUGUUUCAGACACUGGUGAUGUUUUCUGGGCAGCUGGCUGUCAUCAUCAUAGGAGCAAAGGAGGCUGGAGGCAUCGGUGAAGUGUGGCGAAUCGCAAAAAACAAUGGCAAGAUUUCAGGAAUUGACCUGAACCCUGACCCCUUUGAGCGUCACACUUUCUGGACUCUAAGCUUUGGCGGCGUGUUCAUGAUGCUUGCACUUUAUGGGGUGAACCAAGCGCAGGUCCAACGGUACCUCAGCUCACAGACGGAGAAGCAGGCAAUAUUGUCAUGCUAUGUGGUGUUUCCGUGUCAACAGUUAGUUCUGGCUAUGGGAUGCAUUUUGGGUCUUGUUAUGUUUGCUCGCUAUGGAGAAAAUGGACCCCUGCAGCAGGGCUAUGUCAACGCCUCUGAUCAGAUGGUUCUUUACUUUGUCAUGGACAUACUUCAGCACUAUCCUGGCCUACCUGGACUCUUCAUAGCCUGCCUGUUCAGCGGAGCACUCAGCACAAUAUCGUCUGCAUUCAAUUCGCUGGCUGCCGUGACCAUGACAGACCUGGUUAAACCUCAGUAUCCACACAUGACAGAGGCUAGAGCCACACUGAUAUCCAAGUGUCUCGCACUGGGCUAUGGGCUGCUGUGUCUCGGAAUGGCAUACAUCGCGUCGCUGAUGGGCCCGGUGCUCCAGGCAGCGUUGAGUAUUUUUGGGAUAGUUGGUGGUCCACUGCUUGGAAUCUUUUGCCUAGGAAUGUUUUUCCCCAUGGCUAACUCUACGGGUGCAAUCUCGGGAUUGGUAGCAGGAUUAAUCAUGGCAUUCUGGAUUGGAAUUGGUGGUUUAAUCUCCAAGCGUGCACCUCUUUCAUUCGUCAAUGCGACCACAAUCCAAAAUAUUAGCACUAGCUUGACAACUGCCACCAUGACAACAGUCAACCUGACGACAGUAGCACCGAGCAAUGGCCUCACAGGACUGAAGAAGUUCUACUCUCUUUCCUACAUGUGGUACAGUGGGCACAAUGCAGCCACUGUAGUUAUCGUGGGACUGCUGGUCAGUUUCUUAACAGGCCCAGUAAAAGGAGAAGAUGUGAACCCAUCAUUGGUUUUUCCAGUUCUGCGUUAUCUGCUCUUUUUCCUGCCCGAGCGAUGCAAGGAGAAGCUGAGUUGUGGAGUCCGCUAUCAUCCUGCAAGCAGUGAACCCAGCUUGCAGCAUUCUCUCGUGCCAACCAAAGAGCCAAACGGGGUGAUAAAUAACGAUGUGACGAGGGGGGAAGAGAAGCAGAAGUUUGCAUCUGAACCACCAGUGGAAGUGGAAAUUAGGAAAGAAGACCAGGUGGCAGAGAUCCUGCAAGAGACGUCUUUGUGAGGCUGGAUCCCAUGCGGUUAUGUACUCCAUGCUGCCAGAACUGCUGUGCGUUUUCCCAGUAAUUUCUGAUUUCCACAUCUGCAGUUCUUUGAAUUUAAAAAAAAAUUGUAUUUCAUGGUUUUUCAGAGACAAGAUGCACUAAUGACUGGUUUGUACGGUGACUGGCAGAUGCUGUCCAGCUCCUGCUGGCAGAGACUCCACUCUUGUGGUUCUGAAAACUUGAAGGUCUGAUCUCGCUGCUUGUUAUCCCUUUAACCCAAUCAAGGCACCACUGCCCCACCCUGUCCCAGAGAUUUUUGUUAUUGCUGAUCUGUAAUCCGUUGAGAUGAGAUGCACAAGUGUAGGGUGGUACGGUGGCUCAGUGGUUAGUACUGCUGCCUCACGGCGCCAGGGACCCAUGUUCGAUUCCAGCCU